CGCUAUAAUGCCGGAAGUCACGCAAUAAAGUAAACAGAGCAGGAGCUGUCAGUGAAACCUAGAUAGUCCGCACUGAAAGGACCGAAAUAUAGAAAUGCAUUUAACUUUUUCUUCAUAAUAAGCGGAAUUUACACGGUAAACCUUUUCAAGUCCACAAAGAGGUUGUACAGACAUGGACUAUGAAUUAGAAGAGGACAAGCUUGGAAUACCAACAGUACCAGGUACUGUGUGUCUGACGAAAGAUGCUAAUAACCUCAUUGGAAUCAGCAUUGGUGGUGGGGCACAGUACUGCCCUUGUCUCUACAUUGUCCAAGUUUUUGAUAACACCCCAGCAGCUCUGGAUGGGACACUGGCAGCAGGUGUUGAAAUCACAGGUGUGAACGGCAAACCAGUGAAGGGAAAAACUAAAGUGGAGGUGGCCAAGAUGAUUCAAGCUGUCCAGGGAGAAGCAACAAUCCACUACAACAAACUGCAGGCAGACCCAAAACAGGGGAAGUCUUUGGAUAUAGUGCUUAAAAAGGUCAAACAUCGGCUGGUGGAGAAUAUGAGCUCAGGCAAGGCAGAUGCACUUGGACUCAGUAGAGCUAUUCUCUGCAAUGAUGGACUGGUCAAAAGACUGGAGGAACUGGAGAAAACAGCAGAGCUCUACAAAGGGCUGAUGGAGCACACAAAGAGGCUGCUCAGAGCUUUUUUUGAGCUUUCUCAAACUCACAGAGCAUUUGGUGACGUUUCUUCAUCUCUACCUACAACACGAUCAUGAAGGUGGUGUUCCUGGCUAUGUCUUAUGCCACUGUGUACCUGAUCUACAUGCGCUUCAGGAACACAUUCGAUUCAGACAAUGACACGUUCCGAGAAGAAUUCCUGUUGGUGCCGGUUAUCGGACUCUCCUUCCUGGAGAACUA